AUGGAAGGAGGCCCUGGGUUGCAGCCCCCGCCGGGAGAGCAGCUGGAAACAAGCGCCAGAGUAGGAGCUGUCCGAGAGAAGUGCGAACCCGAGACCUUUAGGUCCAAGAGCUUACCCGCCCUGAACAGCGCCUCCUGCCGGCCAGACCUGAGUCCCGCGAGGGAAGACGCCAAGCCCGCCUCCAGCGCUCCGGAGUCGAAGCCCGGCCCGGGCCCCCCGGCCCCCAGCCCCUCCUCCCCGUCCCCUUCGGCAGAGAUGGCCGGGCCGGUGGAAUGUCACCACAGGGUGGAAAUCGGCAAAACCAUGUCGGUGUCCUCCACUCUGGCCAUGCUCCAGGGCAGAAGGUGCCUCUAUGUGGUCCUCACCGAUUCCCGCUGCUUCCUGGUGUGCAUGUGCUUUCUGACCUUCAUCCAGGCGUUGAUGGUCUCCGGGUACCUGAGCAGUGUCAUCACCACCAUCGAAAGGCGCUACAGUCUGAAGAGCUCGGAGUCGGGGCUGCUGGUCAGCUGCUUUGACAUCGGGAGCCUGGUCGUGGUGGUGUUCGUCAGCUACUUUGGUGGCCGAGGGCGGCGGCCCCUGUGGCUGGCGGUCGGGGGCCUCCUCAUCGCCCUGGGGGCUGCCCUCUUCGCUUUACCUCACUUCAUCUCGCCCCCCUACCAGAUCCAAGAGUUGAACGCCUCGGCCUCCAACUACGGCCUGUGUCAGAACGGCAACUCCUCGGCCACGAUGGAGCCUCCCACCUGCCUCAAGGACUCGGGGGGAAACAAUCACUGGGUCUACGUGGCUUUAUUCGUUUGCGCACAGAUUCUCAUCGGAAUGGGCUCCACACCUAUUUAUACCCUGGGACCAACCUACUUAGAUGACAAUGUCAAGAAAGAAAACGCAUCCUUGUACCUAGCCAUCAUGUAUGUCAUGGGAGCACUUGGUCCUGCAGUGGGAUAUUUAUUGGGCGGACUUCUUAUUGGUUUUUAUGUUGAUCCCAGAAGUCCCGUUCACCUUAAUCAGGAUGAUCCUCGUUUCAUUGGAAACUGGUGGAGUGGAUUCCUCCUUUGUGCCAUUGCAAUGUUUCUUGUGAUAUUCCCAAUGUUUACUUUUCCAAAAAAGCUUCCGCCUCGACACAAGAAAAAGAGAAAGAAAAAAUAUUCUGCCGGUGUUGCUGGGGACGAUGACGUUAUGAAAGAGAAACCAAACAAUUGUGAACAAGUGGACAAAAGAGUUUCCUCUAUAGGAUUUGGAAAGGACGUCAGAGACCUACCAAGAGCAGCUGUCAGGAUCUUAAGCAACAUGACAUUCCUUUUUGUGAGUUUGUCGUACACAGCUGAGAGUGCCAUUGUAACUGCUUUCAUUACCUUCAUUCCCAAGUUCAUCGAGUCACAGUUUGGUAUUCCAGCUUCCAAUGCCAGCAUCUACACUGGCGUCAUCAUUGUCCCCAGUGCUGGUGUUGGGAUUGUCCUGGGAGGCUACAUCAUAAAAAAAUUGAAACUUGGUGCAAGAGAAUCUGCAAAACUAGCGAUGAUCUGCAGCGGUGUGUCUUUACUGUGCUUUUCAACCCUAUUUAUUGUUGGAUGUGAAAGUAUCAAUCUAGGGGGCAUAAACAUCCCGUAUACAACAGGACCUUCUCUGACCAUGCCUCAUAGGAAUCUGACAGGGAGCUGCAAUGUGAACUGUGGUUGUAAAAUACACGAGUAUGAGCCAGUUUGUGGAUCAGAUGGAAUUACAUACUUUAACCCUUGUCUGGCUGGCUGUGUUAAUAGUGGUAACAUGAGCACUGGGAUACGGAAUUACACAGAAUGCACCUGUGUCCAAAGCCGCCAAGUGAUCACACCGCCCACAGUGGGGCAGCGCAGCCAGCUUCGUGUGGUUAUUGUCAAAACAUAUCUCAACGAGAAUGGCUAUGCUGUGUCCGGGAAGUGUAAACGGAGCUGUAACACCCUCAUCCCAUUCUUAGUUUUCCUGUUCAUAGUGACCUUCAUCACAGCAUGUGCCCAGCCAUCAGCUAUCAUAGUAACACUCAGAUCCGUAGAAGAUGAAGAGAGACCUUUUGCCCUGGGAAUGCAGUUUGUUUUAUUGCGAACACUUGCAUACAUUCCUACUCCAAUUUACUUCGGAGCAGUUAUUGACACCACCUGCAUGCUCUGGCAACAGGAGUGUGGCGUGCAAGGCUCUUGCUGGGAGUACAAUGUCACGUCAUUUCGUUUUGUCUAUUUUGGUUUGGCGGCUGGCCUCAAAUUUGUUGGCUUCAUUUUUAUUUUUUUGGCCUGGUACUCCAUUAAAUACAAGGAGGAAGAACUGCAGAGGCAGAGGUGGAGAGAGUUCCCUCUGAGCACUGUGAGUGAGACGGUGGGCCACACUGAAGGUGCCGAUAAGUCUGCCCGGACUAGAUCCUGCCCCGCUUUCAGCACCCAGGGAGAAUUUCACGAAGAGACUGGUCUGCAAAAAGGGAUCCAAUACGCAGCACAGACCUAUCCGGGGCCCUUCCUAGAAGCAAUAAGUCCCUCCCCAGACCCGGGGCUGGAAGAAAGCCCUGCUGCCAUGUAG